AUGAUUGAACUCAAUGAUACUUACGGCCCAAGAAAAAAUUCCAACAUUUUACUGACCGAUAUUGAUACAGACGACGUACAUACUUGUAUACCAAGUAAACUAAAUAUUAAGUACCUUGCGAAAGCCCCAAAUGAAUUGAAUGGGAACAUGAGUGGGAUUAUGUACGGUGUUAACCUCCGCCUUUUCUGCGCGACAACAAUCAAGAUAAAAAAUAAGAUUAAGAUGAUAAUCUUCCUCGUUGAUACUGGGUCCUCAGAAACCUAUAUCAGCGAGGAAGUGUUACGCUCAUUUAGAAUUGAAUUAGCAGAUCCCUUAAAUGAUAGUAUUCACGUCAGCAUAAAUAAUAAGGGAGAAUGGGUAAAGAUGUCCCACUCGAACUUUAAAGAUAUUUGCAUUUUAGGAAUGAGAUUCCUAACUUCAAAUAAAGUGGGUCUCCACGCAUUUUGUGGAGACGACAUCUUUUAUCUAAAUUUCGAUGAAGAAUUAAAAAGUAAUAAUGAUGAAGUUAUUGGUGGAUGUUUUAUGAUUAUAUUUUUAAUUCUUGUAUUCUUCACCGAAUAUUUAAAUAACUUUCCUUGA